AUAUGGGACUUUUAUUUUGAAGGCGAGACUUGAAUUUCACUAUUGUAGAUUAGCUUCCUAUACAGACGUUGUAACGCGUUUAACUCAGGACUAGUAGCUCAUACUGUAGCUAGUAUGGGUGAAAGGUGUUUCGUUUGUCCUUAUCAUAACUCUCACUAUGUUAUUCUCGUGAAGACCUGUAUUUAGUUAGUAGGCCGUAUUUUAAGAUAUUUUCAAGCAAAUUCCAGCAUGGGCGAUGGAAGUGUCAUACCAAAGUUCAGUAAUAUGAAGGCUUUUCUUGGGAUUGUCGCCGGCGCUGGAGCCUCCUACGGGAUUUAUAAACUUUUCAGUGGAACUAGCUUCAGAAAAAAUAAGAAAAGUGCCUUCAACGAAAGUAAUGGACCAAAGUUACCACACGGCGGUAUGGUUCUGCAGCCAGGGAGCUUGUUAGCUAAGGUGUCCGGUUUGGAUGUUGUUCGUGUGGGUGAAAGUCAGGCCGUGCCGGAUGAUGUUGAAUCAAGUGACAUAAUCUCUAAAUCACCUGAAAGCCUGGAACCACAACAUCUGAAGAUGCUGCUGUCACUCCUUCAGAACACCCCCAACCCUUCAGAAAGAGUCCAGAUACUUAUCACUUUAGGAAAUACUGCUGCUUUCACUGUAAACCAGAAUCUCAUCUAUGAGUUAGGGGGUAUUCACAUCAUAGCUGGCUUCCUGUCUGACCCUGUGCCAGAGGUCAGAGUGCAGACUCUGAAUGCCUUGAACAACUUGAGCAUGAAUCUUAGGAACCAAGAGCAACUGAAGGUUUAUCUGGCAAAGGUGCUGGAACUGAUUGAGAUGUCUCCGGUGAACUCUGACCUCCAGAUGGCGGCUCUCCGCCUGCUGACCAACCUAUCAGUUACAGACAACCACCACCACCUGCUAAAGGGGUCCGUCACCCUCCUCCUCUCUCUUCUCGUUGUUAGCAAUCAAGUGUUACAGAUACAAGUUUUAAAAGUGCUUGUGAAUUUAUCAUCCGAUCCUGAUAUGAUGGAUGACAUAGUGCAGGCCCAGGCUCCAGCCUCUGUGGUCCUGCUGUUUGACGUACGGACCAGCUCUCCAGUGCUCCUGCGACUGCUGACAUUUGCCGGGAAUCUGAAGGCUUGGAGGCCUUCUGCCCAGGUAGCAGAGGCCCUGAGGAGGAGACAGGAUUGCUUGUACCGGGUCCUACUUGACAAGUCCUCUCUGCUCCACAGCAGACUGAGCCAGCUGCUCGCUCACCCUGAUGGGGAGGUCCGCGCACAGGUGGCCUGGGUCCUCUCCUAAAUCUCAUACAAAAACUUCUGACCUCGACACAACCUUCUUAUGUUCGUUAUACAUUUAAACUCCCAACUUUUUCUUCCUAAGGUUGACUACUUCAAAUUCACCCAAUUCCAAAUCCUCCCACACUCAAACCUUGCCAGUCCUCCACCAUUAGGUACACACCUGCUGGACUCAAUCUGCCCUGGCCUGCGUGUGCCUUCAAACACUACACAGCUUUAAAUCUACACAGCCUUCUGGCGUCUUUCCUCUCAAUCCCAUCGCUUUAAACCUAAACCCCACCAUCAAAACAUUUUCAAACUCCACUGAUUUAAAAUCCCCUCUAGCCAGCGAGAAUCCAUAAACGUUCCCACCCAUCAUUAAUUGUUAAUGGAAUGAGGCAGAGGAAGCCAUGUUAGAUUAUUUGGACUGUGACCACCACACCUGCAACUCCUUCAUUCAAACUGUGUUUUAAAGUUCUACAUAGAGGCUCUACUGCCAAACCUACACACUGUGUCUUUGGUGGUCCUGGAAACAUUGUACUCUUAGUCUCAAGAUAUCUUGUUCCAGGUGAAGCCCCUCCAUGUAAACCCACUGCCAAAAUCUUUCCAAGAGAAACAACUCACCAACUACUGACUGUCUGUGCUUGGUGUACUUUGCAUAUGUAAUGGAGGUGGUGAACCACACUUGCAUGAUGGGUAAACUUGCCUGAGAGCUCAGCUUGAAGUAGCUGCCCACCCAAAUACCUGCAGUGGGCUUUAGCUGAGUAAGCUAACAUCUACUGUAGAGGGGAUGGUCUGGACAUGCUGGACAACCUGUUUGGUAUGUUAAUGUUAUGUGAUGCACACAUUUGGCAUGCCUUGUUGAUACCAGUACAGAGGUAUGCAGCUCCAGACUUCCAGUCUCGCAGUGAACUGUAAUUAAGAGUUUGGUGUUUAAUGUUGUUAUUUUUUAUCUAUUUAUUCCUCAUACUUUUUGAGUCAUUGGACGAGGACUCUUUAUGUAUGCAUUUCACUGUCCGACGAGGCCUGUUGUUUACAAAGCAUGUGAUUACUAAAAUGAUGCGUAUCUGAACCCCUGGGCGUAUCUGAAAUGUGUGCACAAGCAGCAUAACUCUGGAACUACAUUUGCAAUCCUUUCAAUAAAAAUCAGCUCACCUGAAAGCACAAUUGA